UCUCUUCCCCUCUCUCUUUCCUUCUCUCUCUCUCUCUCUCUCUCUCUCUCUCCACAGUCUCCUUCUCUCUCUAGAGGGCCUUCGGCGAGCACAGGCAUCCAGGCUAGCAGCUAGGGUUGUUGGUGCAAGCUUUGCUUUCGUCGGAUCCCUUGCACAUCAAGCCUCGAUCGCACCUCACCUCGCCUUUCUUGACGCCCCCCAAAGCACACACAGACGCAGGGUGCCAGGUUAGUUAUUAGUUCCUCUCUCGGUUGGUGGACAGACACUAGCCAGCCAGCCAUCCAGCAAGAGAGAAAUCACGAGAUCAGGAGAGGCCGCCCAGAGCUAGAACAAGAAGAAGACGAUGUCCAUGGCUCAUCAGGCGAUGGCAGCCGGCGGCGGCGACACGAGGAUGACCAAGGUGUUCGUGGGGGGCCUGGCGUGGGAGACGAGCAAGGAGGGCGUGCGCGGCCACUUCGAGCGCUUCGGCGAGAUCCUCGAGGCCGUCGUCAUCGCCGACAAGGGCACCGGCAGAUCCAAGGGCUACGGAUUCGUUACGUUCAGGGAGGCGGAGGCGGCCAUGAGGGCGUGCUUGGAUCCGUACCCGGUGAUCGACGGCCGGAGGGCCAACUGCAACCUCGCCUGCCUCGGGGUCCAGAGGUCCAAGGCGCCGCAGCCACUGCCUUAUCUGCAACCAUAUGCUGCGGUAGGCCCUGUCCAUGGAGGAGGCAACAUCAACACGAGGGCAAUGAAAGCUGCCAUUGCUGGUGGUGGUGGUGGUGGUGCCAGCUUCGUCGACCAUGGCAUCCAGCAAGGGAUCCCCGCCGCGGCCUACAACAUGUACGGGUACUCUCCAUAUUUCUCGGACUACGGCUACCAGCCACUGACCUACUAUCAGGCGUACGGUGGGCUGGCCGGAGGCGCACAGUACCAGGUCUUCAACGGUGGUGCCACCACAGCGCCGCCGGCGGGGCUAGCAAUGGCUGAUCCUACCGGGCUCUACCCCUACUGCCAAUAUGCCCCUUCUGUCAACGCCGCCGCUGCAUACAGCAUGAUGCAAUACCCCCAGAUGUACCAGUACGCGGCGGUCGGUGCCCCGCCGGACAGCAGCCCUACUGCGGUGUCCGGCCUUCACCAGUUCAUUGGCGCCGCCGCGUUUGAGCCUAGUACUGGCAACCAGGCAGGAGGUAUGACACUCGCUCAGCUGACAGCUCCAGCUCUGCCGGCAUCUGCACCACAGUAUCAGUACAGGCUCAUCUCCCCCAUGCCCAUUGCAACACCAGAUCAGAAGAAGCCCUUAGCCUAGAAAACCAUGGCUGCCUCAAUUAAGUUUGCCUCUUCAUGCACCUACAUAUCUUCUUUCUUCAUUUACAUGCAUAUGCAACCUACUAACUUGCUUCCAGUGACCACCAUGGGUUGAGUGCUUCAUUGGCAAGCUAACAGGACUAAAGUCCAAUUUUCCAUUUUGUAGUGGUCUCGUACCUAAUUAAGGUCUUAUAUUUUUUGAAAAAAUAAUAUUCUAAAUGCAUGCAUGUCUCCUCAGUCCAGCAGCUCAAGCAGCUAAUCUUUAUGCAUAUAUAGGUCUCAAAUUAACAAUUAGUCUAUCUUUGGCUGAUAUUAAUUAGUCAUGUAGUUCACAUUACUUAGGUGUAGCAAAGUUUUUGGUGCACCUUGCGCUCUUAUGGAAGAGUGCAGGGUCAAAUACUUAAGUGGUUGAGUCGCUGCUGAUUUUUCAUAGGCAGCCUCUGUCUCCCAGGAAAAAACUUUUUCAUGGGGCUUAGCUCCAUAGAAAUUAUGGUCAUGGAGUUACGCAAUGAGUUUAGUUAGUCAGGGUGUCUUUACACACGUAAAUUGGAGUGCUCUUUAUUUCUCUUCCUUGUCCACCGUCCACCAUACCAUGCAUGUGUUGCAUUUAUAUGCAUCCUCUUCACCAAGUAAAGGCAGCCAUGGUUAGGCCCAAGCUCAGAUGAAUAGUUACAUAUCAGAAACAAUUACAAGAUUAUGUUUACUAUUAUUUGCCGUUGAUCUUAUUAUGUAAUGAUUAUUAUGAAACACACAUACUCAUAGCCUCCAUUCGAGAAACUUAUGUGCAUAAAAUGCAUACUUUCAGUACUUGCAACACAUCGGCGUGUGAGCGCAUUUCUUGA